UACAAUACUUAGGCUUGAAGACGCCCCUCCACAAGCUUCUUCAAACUCCUCUCUUUUCUCUAGAAAGUAGAAACUCCUCUCUCUUUUUCCAAAAAAAAAAAAACCUGGACCCGACUUCCUAUUUACCCAAACCCGAAAAAAGCAUGGUACUCAACACCACCAUCAAACCCAGCGCCACCACCAUCAAAUUCCUCUGUAGCUACGGCGGAAAAAUCCUCCCCCGUUAUCCCGACGGUAAACUCCGUUACCUCGGCGGCGAAACCCGUGUCCUCGCCGUUGACCGCUCCAUUUCCUUUUCCGAGCUAUUGUUGAAGCUCGGAGAGUUGUGUGGUACACCUGUGAGCCUUCGUUGCCAGUUGCCGUCGGAGGAUCUAGACGCUCUAGUAUCGAUCACCUCCGAUGAGGACCUCGCGAAUCUCAUCGAGGAGUACGACAAGGCCGCGUCGCCGCCUUCGUCUCUGAAGAUCAGAGCGUUUCUCUCGCCGCCGAAACCUCCCAGAAAAUCAAUCUCUUCUCCUCCUCUUCCUCCUCCAAUCCCUAACUCCUCGGCGUCUUCAUCGAAAUCGUCGUCGUCGUCGUCGUGUUCCACUUCGUCUCCGUCUCACAGUCCCACCGGCACCACCCCGAGGUUUUCGGCGCCGGUGGCCGACGUGUGCCUCCGCCAGAUCUCGCCGCCGGUCGCUCCGUAUCAGAGAUCGGCGGCGAAGAUCAAGCCUCACUGUGCUUACCGUGCUCAUGGAAACCCUAGCAACAUCUACCUCAUCCACAACGGGAAUCACUGGCAAUAGCACCAAAUCAGAUGGACUAAAAUCCAACAAAUCCAAACAAAAAAAAACGUAUGGGAAGCAAAUCUCUAAAGCAAAAUUACUAUGGGAGUUUUUAUUUUUAUUAAUAUAUAUUUUUUUCAUAUUUUAUAUAUGUGUGAUGUAAUCGGACUGUAAAAUCGUUGAGAUGGAUUGCUUUUGAUCCAUCGCUAUUAAUGAAUUUCAGUCCAAUUUCGUUUUGGAUCCAAAAAAAAAAAAAUGGUGCUGAGUUGCGUCCUGUUUUGGAUUUCCAUAGUUAAGUCCAUAAGCAGAUAAGCCAUUAUUGUUGCAAAGCAGCUUUCUUCAUUAACUUCCGUUAAGCGCCGUAGCCCACAAAAUAUAAGGUGCCGUUUUUUGCGUGUUUGUGCUACGUGCCACGUUGUCACCGUUGCUCUGAAUGCACACGUAUGUGUUGUUGUUCGUGCAUGUGUGUGUGUUUUGUGUGGCACGUACAGAGGCUUUAUCCUCAUCCUGUCGUCUAGUCAUCCGUGUUCAUUACGUUUGUUCUGUUCUGUGUCGUCCUUGUCAUUUCUCGGUUUUUUUUUUUUUGUUUUUUGUUUUUUUUUUCUUCUGAUUUUUGAUUUUGAUUUUUGUAUUUCUUUCAUUUUCAUCCUUAUUCAAUUAUUAUUAUUUUUUUACAGGGUCUUAGGGGUUUUAUUUAUUUAUUUAUUUAAAUUUUUGGAUUUCUUUCAUUUUUCUCCUUCAAUUUCUUUAGGGUGCCCUAAUUUUAAUUUUAAUUUCUAGGGUGCUUUAAUUAAUGGUUGACAUUUGUGGCAUUUUUGGCUUUGCAGGUUAACGAAGAGACUGGAAUGAAACAAGUGGGAGGAUGAUUAAGAUUUGGCAGUAAAAUCACGUGAUUUCAACUUCUAGAUAAUGGAUGUGUGUGCUAUAUGGGCCAUGACUAAACUGGUGACGAUGUAUGGUGUGUACAUUUUGACCAGAUUCCACCAACUGACGCUGCGAAGGCACUGGAGAAAAAUAGUCCUUUUCACAUUUAAAAAAAAUAUAAUUCCAAUAGCGAUGGAGAUAAAGAUGGAAGUAUUGGAGUUGGCCCGGUUGGGAGAUGGGACCAUUUGGGAAUCAUCUAGGCCCUCUAUAUCCCAAUUUAUUGAACAAAGUGAUUGAGCCAUAAAAAUUAAAAUAAAUUGCUAAAUAAAAUUAUAAAGUAAGAGCACUCUAAAAAUAAAUAAAUAAAUAAAUAAAUAGUCGGAUCGGAAAGAGACCUAUUUCGUUUUGAGAGAAGGGAUUUUUUGGCGGAAAGAAUCAAAGAUAGGCUCUCCACUCAUGUAGCCUUCAGAAGGUAGAUUCCCAUUGUUGUUUCAACUUUGGAGAGAUUAUAUUUUAUAUGAGAUCUUAUUACCCCCAAUUAAUCAAAAGAGCCAAACAAGAUUUAAAGUGAGUUUAA